CACAGUGUUGGGUGCAGUAUAAAGGAUGAGGUGUCUGUUUUAUUAUGGGAUGUAAUACUGAUAUCCCACCAUUGAUAUAAGCAAGCAAAGUCCUUCCUGCCUGGAAAUGAGAUCGAAGGUGGACUUUGGCCUGACUGAACUACUACAGGAAGCUUGAACGAAGCACCUACAUAGAGGUAAAUAUGGCCACUGACAGCACACAUAGUGGAUUGAAUCCCCCACCCAACUACAACACCAACUACAACUACUCUCAGUACCCCCCAGCCCAGUAUGGCAAUUUUGAAAAUGGGAACAACGAUAGCAAAAGGAACUUAGGUGGGCAUGAGAACCAGGCGUAUGACAUGCCUCCGGAAUAUGGAACUGAGAACAAUGAUAGCAGAGGGAACAUCUCUGUGAUCACCCCAGUGGUCACCCUAGGAGGGCCUGAGAACCAGGCGCCACCACCAGACUAUGCUCAAGGAUUAGAGGAAAUCAACUGUUUUUCAGAUGCGUCAAUCAGAAGAGGAUUUGUGAGAAAAGUCUACUUUACUCUGACAAUUCAGCUGUUGAUCACUGUUGGAAUAAUCUGUGCUUUUCUGUACUGGAAUGAUCUGAAUAAAUGGACAAGAAAUUCCUACUGGUUCACUUAUGCCAUGAUGCCAGCAACUUUUAUUCUCAUCAUGGUGCUAGCUUGCUGUGGUGAAAUUCGUCGAAAAGUACCAUUGAAUUUCAUAUUCUUGGGCCUGUUUACAAUUGUUGAAGGUCUCAUGCUUGGAUCAGUUACUGUGUAUUAUACUGCUGAGGCUGUGCUUUGGGCUGUUGGAGCCACAGCAUUUGUAUGCUUCACACUGACCCUGUUUGCUAUGCAGACCAAAUGGGACUUCACUAAGAGCAAUGGGUUUCUGUGGGCUAUGGCUUGGUCUCUGUUCUCCUUUGGAAUCAUGUGUGCCAUUUUACGAUCACAGUAUGUCAACAUUGUGUAUGCUUGUCUGGGGACUACACUCUUUUCUGCGUACCUGGUGAUGGAUACCCAGCUGAUGUUAGGUGGAAACCACAAAUACAGUAUAGACCCAGAAGAGUACGUCUUUGCAGCCUUGAAUCUCUAUCUGGACAUAGUCACACUGUUCCUGUUGCUACUUCAGUUGAUUGGACUCUGCCGUUAGAGCAGGUUAUUUAUGCCUGCUCUUUCUUAGCAGUCUUCUGUUAUGUUUGCCUGCUCUUUCAUACCUCAAAAGCACUGUUUAAUGCACCAUUUUAGUCAGUUUUGUAUUUGAUAUAGAUUAGAAUAUGCCAUGUGUUUGGAUACAAACCAUUCAAUAUUAAUACUGUAAUUUAAUUAUACUUCGAAGAUUUUUUGUUCUUUCAAUGGUCUGUUAUCGAGAAAUAUCAGACCUUCGAACGUUGGGAAGGCCCAUUCAUGUGAAUGGAACUUUCUGCAGCACUCUGAAGAGCCGUGUAAUAAAGUCAUUGUUAAAGGCA